AUGUCUGUGCGUGUUCAAGAAGCUCUCGAUGAAGAACGACGACAUGUCGCCGACGACAGACAAAAGUUACUCUCUCAAAUCACCGCUUUGAUCAACAGCCAGGCAGACACUCAAGAUUCGCGUAUGGCCGAAAAGACCAAGACUAUUCAGACGACGAUUGCAGAUGCCAACACAUCUCUGGAGAAUGCCAUGUCGCAGUACGGCACUGGCAUGGACACCUGGGAUGAGAAGGAAGCGCAGCUGCUUGAAGAUGUUAAGAAGUCACGCGAGACUCUCAAGACGAAGCUCAAGGAUGACUGGACGGCAGCAAGCGAGCAAAGCACUGCUAUCCAAAAUACCGCCAGGGCUGUGCAUGGUGACACUUCUCGAGUUGUUGAAGAGCAGGUGGAAGAGUUUGGCAACCAGAUGCAAGCUCUAGAUGACUUUGUUACCAGAGCUAGACAAGAGAACAACGCUCACCACGACACACAUGCCAAGUCGAUGCAGGCUCUCUCUGGUACCGUCGACCAAUCGUUUGUCAACAUUUCGACACAUUUCAAGACCACCUUUGAUCGCGUCAAGAACAUGGGCGAAGAGAUGGCCGUCGAUGUAAAGGACAUGCAGGAUGGACUGGAGCCUCUCGAUUCCCAACUGUGCCAGCCUCUUACAAAUUUGCGCGACGUCGUUACCGCAACCUCGCUGCAAGAGUACCAGCCAACCGGUGAUACGCCACAGAAGGUGCCCUACCAGUAUCCCACAACGCUUCCCCGUACCGGAUCGGAGACGUCCAUCUCUAGAAUCGACGAAGAGCCGCCCUCACCCGUGUCGCAAGGCAACGAAGCACCCGUCGAUGAGACCAUGGUAUUCGCUGAUCUCCCGACCCUUCGCCCCAAGGAGUCGUCUGAUUCGCUCACGACAAGCAUCCUGGAUAAGAGCCAGCUUAGCAUGAGCCUCAGAGAAGUCAACCCCAAUGUGACGUCCAACCUGACGACGGGUGCGAUUGGCUUUGACCCGCGAGCCAGCACGAUAUCCACGCCCGCCGAGACAACUGGCCCCCUCUUUAAGCGAAGCAGCAGGCUUGGUCUCGCACGCGGUAUCAAGAAGCAAGCUGUCAGCGAAGGGCGAGAGAAUGUGCCCCUGACAUCCUCCUAUCCAACUGGAACGAAGAGGAAGAGUGCGCGACUGGCUUGA